GCGUGGCAUGCACUCCUACGCACAGACGAGCGGUAUGUGGACCGUCGACAGUUGAAGGUGGCCACAGCUGGGGGGAAGGUUUGGAACCUUGCUUGUGAUGGUGAUUCAGACAGUCACAGGCGGGUUCGAGAGUUGAUUGAGCAGACGGGUCUUCAUCAGCUACCCUAUUGCAGCUACCCGGUGACAGAUGCAGGCCUUAUUUUGGCCCUUGUGGAGCGAUGGCAUGAGGAGACUAGUAGCUUCCACAUGUCGUUCGGGGAGAUGACUAUCACCUUGGACGACGUGUCGGCUCUUCUCCAUCUCCCCAUGGGGUCGAGGUUCUAUACGCCUAGGAGGGGGGAGAGGGACGAGUGUGCAGCGCUCUGUGCUCAGUUGAUGGGAGGAUCUGUUGGUAUUUAUGAGGCUGAGUUUGAUACGAAUAGGUCCCAGACUAUUCGCUUUGGGGUCUUGCAGACCCGGUAUGAGGCUGCGUUGGCGGAGCACCGAUAUGAGGACGCUGCACGGAUUUGGCUGGUGAACCAGCUAGGCGCCACGCUCUUUGCUAGCAAGAGCGGAGGCUACCAUACGACCGUCUACUGGAUAGGGAUGUUGGAGGAUCUUGGUCGAGUGUGCGAGUACGCGUGGGGCGCGAUUGCGCUCGCUACGCUAUACGACCAGCUUAGUCGAGCGUCCAGGAGGGGGACGGCCCAGAUGGGAGGUUUUAGCUCGCUCCUGCUAGGAUGGGUCUACGAGUACCUUUCUGACCGCGUCAUUAUCCGUAGGGCGGAUCCGGAGUACUCGCAGGACCAGCCUAGGGCGCGGCGGUGGGCUAUGUCCCGGGUCGGGCAUGCAGGCCUUGAUGAGAGGCGAGUCAUGCUCGAUGAGCUGACGGUGGAUGACGUUAUAUGGACCCCAUUUGAGGACCAUCGGGCUCAUCGACCACGGGAUCCGAGGGCCAUGUAUUCUGGCUACAUCCGGUCGCCAUUUGGCCGUGUUGUUCGACGGCAUCUACCAGAGAGGGUUCUGCGCCAGUUUGGCUUCAUACAGGAUGUCCCUCGACACCCCUCUGAGAUCCAGACGUCUGGGUCCCUUGCUGAGACCGCAGAUGCUGCCUUUGCUGAGUUUGCGCCGCACCUCCGCCCUCAGGGGAUCCCCGCUACAUAUCCGGGAGAGGCUGUGGAGGAUUACAUGAGGUGGUACAGCGCUGUGUCCCAUCGGUUCAUCAUCCCUGAUGAUAGGAGGGAGGAGUUCAGUGCAGUGACUGUUAUGCGUCGGGCCGUGGACUUGUUGGAGCAGUCACUCGAGGUGCCAGAUGCUCCUGCAGAGGGCACGCAUUCCCGAUCCCUCACUGAGAGGGCGCUGGAUCUUAUUAGAUCCAAUGCCUUCAUUGGUACCCAGGGGGUAGCCUUUGCUGCUGUCCGAGGAGCUAGAGCUGCAGGAGGCAGAGGUCGUGGAGACAGAGCGCGUGGAGGCAGAGGCCGUGGAGGCAGAGCCCGUGGAGAGGGUGCUCCUGCAGAGGGUGCUCCUGCAGAGGGUGCGCGUGGAGGCAGAGGCCGUGGAGGCAGAGCCCGUGGACCUAGAGGUCGUAGAGGGGCCGGUAGGGGUCGGGGCGAGUGAUUGACUGUAUAUUUGUAUAUUUUUUUGUAUUUUUAUAUUAUGACAUGUGACUCUUUGUAUUAGGACUCUCUUUAUAUUAAUCA